UUGCGCCCGAAAGCUUACAAAGAGCCAUUUUUCCAACUAUUUAGCUGGUCUAAUAAAAAGAUACCGCCUCUACCCAAAGAACCUUGUCUCUCUAUGUCCUUAGACCUACACAGCUACAAUCAACACCUGCUCUGUAGUCGUUCUCACUGCAGGUUGCAAAACGAUUGAUUGCAAACACUGCAGGUUUAGUUCUAGUUCUAAUCCCAGCAACUUUUUCAUCUUCAUUCUGCUAUGUUUUGUAAGACUUUUAUUCAACAAAAAUCAACAAUUUGGGGCUAAACUGUCACCUUUUGCAGGAUAUUAAUAGCACCCUCCAAAGAGAGUUACCAACAACAUCCAUGGCUACAGCCUAUAGUACUGUUUUCUUCUUGGUUUUGUUUUUUUUUAAUGUUUGCACAUUGACAGUAGAUCAUGCAAUAACAUCUUUACCCUCAUGCUCCUGUGGCCAUGUAUUGACAUAACCAUGAACCCAAGUAUAUUAAACAGUAUCAGGACCUCGCUGAACUCCAGGAUUCUCAUCUUGUGACUUUGGUGUAUUAACUACUGGUCUGUUUAGUUUUAUUUUGGCAAGCAGUGGUGUUAUUCAACUGUGGUUACAGUCAAAAGAUACAUCUGCACUUCAUACUCUGGAGACUUUUGCAGACUACCCUUUCUCCAUAACAGACCAAAGAUGUAACAUUUUGACCAACUUGCAUUGACAUCAGUAAUAGUUUAGUUCUCCCACUGACUUCAGUGGAAAUUAAAUCAGCCUCUAAAGGACUUUGGUCCUAUUGCUGUGUUUAAUGAAAAAGCAUGCCAAUAUUUGUUCAGUUACUUGACCCAACUGAGUGCUUAAUUUGGUCAUCCCCUUAAUAUUGCUUGUAAAUUUGUGCCAAAUAUGUACUGUGGUAUUGUAAUAUCAAACAUAAAGUUGAUGAAACAAUAAAACAUUUUUUAAAUGUACACUUAAGUAAUUAAUUUACUUUAGUUGUGAAAAAAAAAAUCAAUUCUCUUCUAGGGACCCAAGCCAGUGGAGGGCUAUGAUUGGUGUAAAUAACCUUUUUAAACCUGAGAGACAUACUGUGAAAAGCAGUGUUGAAGAGAUUGUUAUCCAUCCAGAAUUCAAGAAGGAGACUUUUGAAAAUGACAUUGCAUUAUUUAAACUAGAUAAAUCUUUAGGCUACAGUGACUACAUUCAGCCCAUCUGCUUGCCCUUUGCUCACUUUCAUGUAAAUAUUGAAAACCGGACACAAUGCUUCAUAACUGGUUGGGGCAGUAUUUCUGAGAAAGGUGAAAGCGCACGUAUAUUACAAGAAGCUGAAGUAUAUAUUAUUCCUUCAGAUAUUUGUAACGGUUUUGAUUGGUAUGCAGGGAUGAUUACUGCAAAUAUGCUUUGUGCUGGUGAUGAAUCAGGAGGUAUAGAUAGUUGUCAGGGAGACAGCGGUGGACCGUUAGCAUGCUAUGAUCCUUCUGCCAGCAAAUACUACCUGACAGGGAUUACAAGUUUUGGGUUUGGCUGUGGCCGGCCUAGGCUUCCUGGAAUCUACGUGCGUAUGUCUCAGUAUGACAGAUGGGUAAACACUCAUAUUUUGCUGGGCAGCAAAUCUACAGCUAUGAGCAUUGCGCUGGCCUUGAACUUCUUAUGUGUAGGGUGGAUAUUACUAGAGACUGCCUGAAGAGCAUGCUCUUAUUUCAUUGUAAUAGACGUUUCAGUAUCUUCUCAAGUUGCCACUUGAACGUUGUCCAGUGGGGCAACUACUCUUUUUUUUUUUUUUUAUAAAUAACUAUCAUUAACAAAUGUGGAUAAAUGCUUUUUUCUUUAUUAGCACAAGGUGUUUUAUCUAUCCAUUCCACAUACAUACAUGGCCUAUAAUGAAGCCUUUUACUCUUUUUGAAUUGUUACUAAUCAUUGUGUGUCAUAAGUAAAUGAAGCAAAGCAUAAGCAGUAGAGAUUUUAUAGAGUUAUAUUAGCAUAUUCUGUGGGCUUCACCUUUAAAAAUAUGAAAGCCAGUCUAUUAUAAGGCUAUGUAUUAUGUUGAUAAGUAGGCAUAAAACAGUAGUUUUUGUCAAAGUAAAGCAGAAAAUUAUUAUUUUGGCCAAAUCACAAAAUGCAUUCCAUUCAAGGCUUGAAGGGACAUGGUCAACUAUACUUUGCUCUGUAUUAUUGUACCAUUUACGUUAUUGUUCUAUUAUUACAAUAUCUUAGCAUCUAGGAAAUAAAAUGCAUUUCACACCAAGAUAAGUCCUGAUUUAGUUUUGUCUGUAGAUAAAAUUCCCAAACAUGCCAGCAGGGGUUUAGGUUGUAGCCGUGUUGGUCUAAGGAUAUAUAUAUAUAUUUUCAUUCCAGCCAAG